GGCAGCGGAGCCCGGGAGGGGGGCUGCGCGGGGGGCCGGCGCGUAGCCGGGACCAUGGAGGGGCAGAGCGGCCGCUGCAAGAUCGUGGUGGUGGGGGACGCCGAGUGCGGCAAGACGGCGCUGCUGCAGGUGUUCGCCAAGGACGCCUACCCCGGGAGUUAUGUCCCCACCGUGUUUGAGAACUACACCGCGAGCUUUGAGAUCGACAAGCGCCGCAUUGAGCUCAACAUGUGGGACACUUCAGGUUCCUCUUACUAUGAUAACGUCCGGCCUCUGGCCUAUCCUGACUCGGACGCUGUGCUCAUCUGUUUCGACAUUAGCCGACCGGAAACACUGGACAGUGUCCUCAAGAAGUGGCAAGGGGAGACUCAAGAGUUUUGCCCCAAUGCCAAGGUUGUGCUGGUUGGCUGUAAACUGGACAUGCGGACUGACCUGGCCACGCUGAGGGAGCUGUCCAAGCAGAGGCUUAUCCCUGUUACGCAUGAGCAGGGCACGGUGCUGGCCAAGCAGGUGGGGGCUGUGUCCUAUGUAGAGUGCUCUUCCCGAUCCUCUGAGCGCAGCGUCAGAGAUGUCUUCCAUGUGGCCACCGUGGCUUCCCUUGGCCGUGGCCACAGACAGCUGCGCCGUACUGACUCACGCCGGGGACUGCAGCGAUCUGCUCAGCUGGCAGGACGGCCAGACCGGGGGAGUGGGAAUGGGAACGGGAAUGAGGGUGAGAUACACAAGGAUAGAGCCAAGAGCUGCAACCUCAUGUGAGGGGCCCUAUGGGAGGAGGAGGGGGGCCUGGGGCACAGUUGUCCCACUGCUGGUCCUGGCUCCCUGAUCUCCUGACUCUGUUUGGGACUUUAGGGUGGGCGAGUGAACAGUUCUCCCUGACAAGGGAGUUGGAGGCAGAAGGGUGCCUCUCUGUUCCCCACAUCCUCAUUCCGCUCCUGUCCAAGGCAAGUUGAGGGAACCAGCAGAGCAGGCAUCUGGGCUGUGGGCUGGGAUGAGGCCAGGGGUCUGGGGAAGCCAGCAGCAAGCAGUGACCUUGGUUGAGUCUCAAUGUGUGAAGGGUGCCUUCCUCCCCACCUCCAGUCCCCAUAUCCUGGUCCUGGCGCUCUUCCCCAAGGAAAGUGUCCACUCGCUGACCUUCCUUCUUCCUCACCUCUCAUUUCCACAGCUGUUCUCACUCAUCCUAACCUCCAGGCAACAUGCACUAAAUUAAAAAGCAAAUUGAGAAGCCUCUCCCUCUCCCCCUGCCCCCAUCUACCCACCAGUCCUAGCUCCCUCCCUCCCUUCCCCCAGUAGAGUCCAAAUAAAGCCCAUGUCCAUGGAAAAUGACUGUGGCUUUAGUUUUGUUGCUUUCUUAAAAAAAAACAAACAAUCUACCAGUGUCUAGUAGCUGGAGGGAAAGUUAGGCUUCAGGAAGAACUUCUCUGUCGAUGCUCACAGAUGGAGCAGAGGAAAAAGAUGUGGGUUGGAUCAGCAGUGUCCUUUUAGGAGCCAGAGGUGGGAGAGAGAGGUGUCUUGGGACUAUUCAUCUCAGUUAAUGAGCCAGACAAUCCUAAAGCCAUUAGGGGGGUUUAAAGUGGACUGAUGUGCAAUUCAUUACUUAGCCCAACUGGGGCCCCCUGCUAAUGUGGGAGGAGGCCUGCUGAAGUGGUCCAGGACCCUUGAUCACUAUCUCCAGCCCCAACUUGGAAUCAGCUGGUGCCCUGGGAGCUCUGGGGUGGGAGGACAUUAAAAGCCUCUGCAUCCAGCUGACCCCAUGCAGAGUGAAGUUUCCCAAGGGGACAGUCAUUUGAUUCUGGGGUCUCCUUGGUGGCUGGGGCAGGGGCUGACUUCAUCUUUCCAUCCUGAGCAACUUGAUGAUUUUGGAGGGAGCACAAGAUAAGAGUUGAGGGUCACAUCUCCUCAACCUCUGCUAGACAAGGAAAGCCAGUGGAGGGACUGGCUAGAGUACUUGUUGUCAAGAAAGACAGUGCUGGUCUGUUUUCUCCGGAGUCUGGUUUCACAUUGCCCUGUAUUCCCUCCCUGGCUCUGAUCCCACUGGCCUCUUUUUGGUGACAUUCUCCCCCAGGAACCAUCCAUGGCUCUCCCCUCCCCCAGCCCCAGCCCGUUCUUGAGACACACUUCUGGGAGAGAACACAGACCUUACCCUCCCAUCUGCUGGGAUCCCCCCCUUCUAAUUCACAGCCCCUCCCUCCCUCAUUCAUUCAGCAAGUGUGUACUGAGCACCAACUGUGUGCCCGACACUGGCUUUGGAUUCUGAAAGGACCAGUCUCUAUACUCUGGAGGCCAGCCCAGUGGGGAAGAGAGGUACCCCCGGUGUGAUGGUGCCUCGGUUGUGGGAGCUCCUUACAGCCUCAGAAGCCCAUCCUCUGAGCCAGGUCCUUGAGGGUCGAAGCAGAGUUUGCCAGGCAGGGAAGGGGUAGGAAAAGUACUCUGAGUGGAGGAUACAGCAUGUGCGAGCACGUGGAGAUGAGGAAGAGCAUGGCACUGGCACAUUUGGGGCUGCCACGCCAGGGAGAGAGGAAGACAAGGCUGGGAAGGUUUAUCGAUGCAGACCCCGCAAAGGAACCAGGAGUUCAUUCUGGGGAUGUGAGGUGGCCAAAGGGGUUUCAAGCAGAAAAUGAAGUGACCAGAUUUGGUUUUUUGGAUAGAUGGUUAUUUGGAUGAGGUGACCCCGGGUGUGUGUGUGGGGGGUGGGGGCGCUGGGGGAUUUGGCUCUGUGAUGCUAUUAAAGCUAUUAAAAUAGCUUCUCCCUUGGUAGUUCUCUGGUGGCCCAGUAGUUAAGACUGCUUCCACUGCAGGGUGCAUGAGUUCUAUUCCUGGUCAGGGAAGUAAGAUCCUGCAUGCUGCAAUGUGUGGCCAAAUAAUUAGCUUCUCCCUUCCCUUUGCCAGGGUCCAGUCUUGAGAGGAAAGGAAAUUCCUACCCCCUCCUGGCUUGUCAGACACUCCGUAUUCUCCCUCUUCCUCCGAGACCCUGUCCAUCUCAGCCAGUCUCCUCAAGGAUUCUGGGACGGCUUCAAGGGCACUGGGUACCCCACCCUCUGAAACUGAGACCUGCUUAGGGGCUAACUCCAAGAUCCUCUGCAAGUCCUGGACCUGGACCGAGGGCGCUGGAGAGAGCUGGGGCCCAGCUCUGUGGAUCUCAGUCUGGCCCUAGAGGCCUGACCCUUCCCCCACAGGGGCCUGACUACCAUUGUCUUGGGAUUUUGGGGCUGUGGCUUCUCAUCACUUUGGUACAAAGCAGGCUCAAGCCUGUAGCCGCCAAAGUGCAUCCCAACCUCCCUCUCCUGCCGGGCUCAGGGAACGCAAAUGCAUUUCAAUAUCCGCCUAAAGCAAACAUAAUUAGGAAGAUAAAUCAGCUGGAGGAACCCCCAAAGUUUAAUACAUUUCUAGUACCACCGGGAACAGAUUUUUGUCCCCUCUGCAGGUCUGGGCUGCCAGACGUUUUAUUUCCACGGAGAAGGCUGUGCCUCUGGGCUGAGGAGCCCAAAGGAUAGGAGGAGGGAAUGGGACUAUUCCUGUUCCUAGAUCCUCAAAGGCCCCUGUGGGCUGGAAUGGGGGCACCUACCCCAACCCCAGAUAUAGAAGUCAGACCCAGCUUCCUCCCCUGCAGCUGUUUCCCCCACAAAUUAGACACUCAUUUGGGAAACAAUGUAGCCUCGUUAAUCAUUU